AUGCAGGUAGAGUUUGAGAUGAGUCUGGUGGGAGAAAUCAAGUUCUUUAUAGGUAUUCAGAUCAAUCAAAGUCCAGAAGGAAUUUACAUCCAUCAGAGAAAGUACACCAAAGAGCUUCUGAAGAAGUUUGACAUGUCAGAAUGCAAGAUGUCAAAAACUCAUAUGCAUCCUACAUGUAUCCUUGAGAAGGAUGAGGUAAGUGCUAAGGUAGAACAUAAGGUAUACAGAGGUAUGAUUGGUUCUCUUAUAUACUUAAAUGCUUCUAUACCUGACAUUUUGUUUAGUCUCUGUUUGUAUGCUCUCUUAUCAGAUCCUAGAGAGUCUCACUUAACAACUGUUAAGAGGAUCUUCAAGUAUCUGAAAGGUACAAUUGACCUUAGCUUGUGUUAUAAAAAAUCUAAAUACUACAAGCAGGUGGGUUAUUGUGAUGCUGAUUAUGCUGGAUACAUACUAUAG